GUUUUCACUCCAAUAACAUCUUACAUUUCAAAAUUUAUAAGAUAAUGUCUAACGUUCGACCAUGGUUCCGUCUCUCUAGUAUCGCUAGGCCUACACCACAAGCCUCAAACGACCCACAACCUCCACCUCAACCCCGACAAACCACUCGCCGUCCGGUCGUAGUCAGAACUCCGGCUAAACAACCGUCACCUCCACGUCAGCAACAACCUCCUUCACCUCCACGUCAGCGUCCUCCCCCUCCACGUCAACAACAACCUCCUUCACCUCCACGUCAGCGUCCUCCUCCUCCACGUCAACAACAACCUCCUUCACCUCCACGUCAGCGAACACCUCCACCUCCUCAAGAGCGGUCUCCAUAUCAUUCACCACCGAGCCGCCACAUGUCACCACCGACCCCACCAAAGUCCGCGUCUCCAUCGCCGCCAACACCACCGCCUAGGUGGUCAUACACGCCACCACCACCAUCUCUCAAGGAGGUUCAAGAAGCCUUACCACCUCGAAAGCCAACAUCACCACCUAGUCCAGCUCAUUCGACUCGGUCACUAAAAACUGAAUCAGAGGCUUCUCGAAAAGCACCAUUACCGAGAGCACUCUCUCCUUACUCUCUCCCGCCUCCUCAGUUACAUUCCGAACGUGAAACCACUCAGAAAAACAUUCUCACAGCCGAGAAAACAAGCCAACUCCAAGAACCAAACCAUCAUAACCAUAACCAUAAUCACCAAGGCAACAACACCAAGAAGAUGCCACGUCAGCCAUCUUAUUCCGAAUCCGAAAACAUAAUGCGCUCUCGAGUUAUUACCAUUGCAGGUGAAAACAAAGGUGCUGUAAUGGAGAUCCUACGAUCUCCUUCAAGCAACAAAACAGGAGGAGUAGGAACACAUCCCUCUAAGGGUUUUCAAGGCACCAGAGAGAAGGGACGGCGACUUCAGAGCAGCAGCAGCAGCAGUGACGAAGGAGAAGGGAAAAAGAAAACGACGAAGAACCAUAACGCUAAUAGUACUAAUCUCCCGAUGAAAGCAUUUAUGAACAGUAACGUUCAGAUGAUAAACAACUCUAUCGUUUACAACUCAACUGCGACUCAUCACGAUCCUGGCGUUCAUUUUAAAAUCUCCCGGAAACCUGGAUCCGACAAUGGUUUCCACGUCAAGGAUUACGGUAAUAAUGACGGUGGAUACACCAACUGAGAAAGUAAACAUUCUCUCUGAAAACGAAAAAAAAAACGCUAAAGGUUUUGAGUUUACGUUGUAAGAAAUACAAUUUGAUAAAAAUAAAGAAAAAAAAUGAAUAAGAAAAUAUAAGUGGGGCUGGUGGUUUCUGAUUCUUUUCUAAGCUUUGGGAGACCCUGCCACUUAUAUGGAAGCUUUGAUUCGUUUUAUUGAAACGUUUUUUUUUUUACUUGUAAACUGUUCUCUCUGUCUCUCUCUGACAUGAUCAAUGAGAUAGCGAUUUUAUUAAAAUAAAAAUCAUGA